GAACAAAUGAAAAUGAAAUCACACGGGACGAACAGAAAACCCUAAGCGAAAAACCCCACUCACCGGCGAAGAUGCGAUCUCCGAUCUCCGGUCUCUUCUCGAGAUCCAUCAGCUUCCUCCACCGCACCCCACCUCUAACCGCCGCCACUCGCCACCUAUCCGCCGUCGCUUCCCCCGAAGCCAGAACGAAGAACCUCGAGCGGAUCGCCGACGACUUGCUCAGCCUCAACAGGAUCGAGCUCUACGAUUACUCAAUCCUCUUCAGCCACAAACUCGGCCUCAACCGCUACGGAUCCGCCGUUUCCUCCCCCGCCGGAGAUCUCCCCGGCGCGUCAUCCGCCUCCGCCGAGACCAAAACCGCGGAGAAAACAGCUUUCGACGUGAAGCUGGAGAAGUUCGAUGCGGCUUCGAAGAUCAAGGUCAUCAAAGAGAUCAGGUCGUUCACGGAGCUAGGGUUGAAAGAAGCCAAAGAUCUCGUUGAGAAAGCUCCAGUUAUUGUUAAAACAGGUCUCAGUAAAGAAGAAGCUGAGAAGAUCAUGGAGAAGCUCAAAGCCGUUGGUGCUACUGUUGCUUUGGAAUAAGAGAUAAUAAAAAAAAAGUUUGAUUGAUUGCAAAAUGUUUUUUUUUUGUUUUUAAACAAUAAUAAUGAACGCUGUUGUUGUU